AUGCCACCGACAGAGCUCCUCCUGCUGCUCUCCGCCGCUCCAGCAGUCACCACCGUUGCUCCACCAGCUGUCACCACCACAGACAUGCACGACUGGCUCCCGGCACCACCAGUCUCCUCCGGCGCCGCCACCGCCGCCUUCCGGUUCGCCGCGGCUGUCGGCAGCGGUAUGGUCCUCGCCGCGGCGCCAAAGCAAGCGGUGGUGUGGGGCUUUUGCGAAGCGGGCGCCUCCGUCGACGUCGUGUUCCGCGGGCAGACGAUACGUGCGACGGUGGCGCCCGACCACGCCACCGGCGCGUCCACGACGUGGCGCGCGCUCCUGCCGGCCACCGGCGCAAGCUUUGAGAAGCACAGUCUGGAGGCUCGGUCUGGCGGCCGCACCCUCCGCCUGAGCGAUGUCCUCUUUGGCGAGGUGUGGGUCUGCAGCGGCCAGAGCAACAUGCAGUACCCGCUGGGCACGCCGACCUGCUGGAACGCGACCAACGUAAACUGCAGCAACCCGCACACGAAGCAGUGCAGCUUUGGCUGCCGCUUCUCGGCGACCUGCUGGUUCUUUGGCCGCGACCUCUACUCGGUGCUCUCGCCGACGGUGCCGAUAGGGCUGAUAGAAUCGGAUGUGGGCGGGACGCCCGACGAGCACUGGAGCAGCCCCGACGCGAUCAGGGCGUGCGACAUCGCCCGCCCGUGGGGCAUGCCAACGACGCUGUCUCGCCCGAGCACGGUCGACUCGGUGCUGUGGAACGCGAUGGUGGUCGGGCUUCUGCGCACCACGAUCAGCGGCGUCGCCUGGUACCAAGGCGAGAACAACGCCGCCGAGCCGCGCCGGUACAGCUGCUCCUUCCCCGCGAUGAUUGAAGACUGGCGCGCAAAGUGGCACGCGCUCACCGACAACGCGACGGCGCGCCACUUCCCCUUUGGCUGGGCGCCGCUGCAAUGUGCCGGCCUGUCGGCGCCGCAACCCACUGUUCAGUGCGCCUCGCCGUGCGACCAGGCGCAGCUCAACUCCGACGGCACGGGGCGGCAGGACUACACCAAUCGCACCUUCAACCCGCCGCACCCGCCGGCCAACUGCGGCCGCGGCUGCGCUCCGGCGUGCAGCGGCGAGUACCACGAGUGGGGCGACUACGGAAACGGCUUCACGGGCCUCCGCUACGCGCAGAGCGCCGCGCUGCGCGUGCGCAACACCUUCCAGGCGGUGAUCAUCGAUACCCCCGUCGCGAGCGGCUCGAUCCACUCCCCCUUCAAGCAGCCAGAGCUCCACGCCGUCGACCCCAUCGCCACCGGCGCCGUGCUGCGCGCCGGCGCCGUCGAGAUCUCUGUGGGCGGGCUCGGCCGGGGCGGGCUGAUGGCGGAGAUCGGCGCACGCGGCUUUGAGGUGCUCGGCAACUGCAGCGGGCCGACCCUCUGCUGGAUGUCGUCGCCCAUCUCGGCGGCGAGCGCCGACGCAGUCACGCUGUCCGCGCUGCCAGCGCAGCCCCAGGCCGUCCGGUAUCUGUGGUACAUUGAUGCGGUGGGCGUGCACCCGUUCCGCGCGCCCAUCUACACGAAGGCGCUGCCACUGCCCGGCGCCCCCGGAAUCAAGUAUGGCAAUGGUGAGCUGCUGCCGCUCGGGCCGUUCCUGCUUCCGCUGUGAGGAGAGACACGAGAGAGAGGGCGUGAUCCACGGCUCUGUCAGUCUAUUGGAGUAGCACGCAUUCGCUGUGGCGUGGGGCGCGUUUGCACUCGCGUGAGCGACGGAUCUCGCGCGCGAGAGUCGCGCUUAUAGCCUGCGGCGUGGUCUUGCA